CAUUAGGGCGAUAUAUUUUGACUUUUAUUUUGACACAUUGAGAAAGAAUACAAACUUUUACUUUGAUACAAUUUCCUGUAACUUCCUUACCACUUCCUGCCUUGUCAUCAGUUACUUCCCACUCAGUUCCUAUCUGUUGAAAACAGUUAAUACUUAAGAAUUCCUGACCGUGAAAGAUGCUAGAAGCAAAGUCUUUUCACUCUGCCAUGUAAUGCUGGAAUCUUCAGUAAACAACAGUGAAAUGUUAACUACGACACAGACUCCUGGUUAUUGCAUCAGAGUUUAACUUGUUGGAUAGCUUCAGUUGUUACACUGCAGUGAAGACAACACAGUGAAAAGACUGAGAAGUUAGCAUUGAAUAACGAGUCAAGAUGGAAACUACAUCUAAUAAAUCAGGAAAAAGUGGAAGCAGCUUUCAUUCAUCUGCCUCAUCAACCAAUGCUUUACUUCGUGCACGAGCAAAAGCAGCAGCUACUAAAGUGCGUGCCGAAUAUGCUGAGCAAGAAGCCAAAGCUAGGAUAGAAAAAGUGAAAAAAGAGACUGAGGCUGAAACACUAGCCAUCUGCCGUGAAGCAGCAGAAGCUGAAGCCGUAGCAGCUGUCUGGGAAUCAGCAGUUUCAGGAAGCAACAAUUAUAUUGUGCUGGAUGAAACAAAUUCAACAGAACAAAGCAAACUUGAACGGAUAAGUGAAUACAUCCAAACUCACUUCCAUUCCACUAACUCCGUCCAACAAACAGCCAUGAAGGCUAGUUCGCCACCAACUCAACCAAUUACCUAUGCCACUCUCAGUUAUAGCCCGAACAACCCCUUUGUUUCACGCCAUCAGCCGCCUGUUUUUUCAUACGACAGCACAAACAAUGUGGAUUUUACAGACUAUGACUUAGACUAUGCGCCACCAGCAGCCAAAGAGUCAGUCAGCCAGAAUCCAUUUACCCGAGAAGGUCCGCGGGUUAUUCCCAAGACUCUUACCUCGCAGAUCAGUGACUUGAAUAUUGGAGCUCCAUCCUUCAACCCCCAGCCAACAAAUACUCAAAGUAUGCCUGCAACUGAACACCUGGCACAAUAUUUAGCUCGGCGUGACCUAGUGAAUACAAGUUUGUACGAGUUUGAUGAUAAACCUGAAAAUUAUCGUGCUUGGCUGUCAUCAUACAAAAAUGCCACUCAAGGACUUGGUCUCACAGCCACUGAGGAAUUGGACUUGAUGACGCGAUGGCUUGGAAAAGAGUCCAGCAACCAGGUGAAACGUCUCCGUGCAGUGCACAUAGCAAGUCCACAAAUAGCACUGGGGAAAGCUUGGGAACGUCUUCAGGAGUGUUAUGCAGCCCCAGAGGUGAUUGAAAAGGCCCUCUUUACCCGACUGGAUGCAUUUCCCAGAGUCUCAGCCAAGGAAAAUCUGAAGCUACGAGAGCUAGCUGACCUGCUUAUGGAAGUGCAGUGUGCUAAAGAAGAUGGCUACUUACCAGGCCUGUCCUACCUGGACACGACACGCGGAAUUGAACCCAUAGUGACCAAGCUGCCUUAUGGACUCCAGGAAAAAUGGAUCUCGGCCGGUUCUAAGUAUAAAGAAGCAAAUGGAGGACGGUUCCCACCGUUUGAUUACUUCACGAAACUCAUAUGCUAUGAGGCCAAGAAGAGAAAUGACCCUAGCUUUGCCUUUUUAAAUACCACCACAAUGUCAUCUGUCAGAGCUGAAGGUGCCUUUCCUAAAACCUUCAAGAAACCCAUUGCAGUUCACAAGAUCAAUGUCACUCCCACAGAGUCAAAUGUCUCUAGUGAUCCGAGUAAGAUCUGCCCAAUACAUGCAAAACCCCACCCACUGAAGAAGUGCAAAGCCUUCAGAGCCGAAACUCUUGAUGACAGAAAGGUAUUUCUGAAAGAAAACGGAAUCUGCUUUAAGUGCUGUAGCUCAACCAACCAUAUGGCAAAGGACUGCACUACAAUUGUUAAGUGUUUUGAGUGUGACAGCACCCGACAUAUCUCAGCUAUGCACCCAGGACCAGCACCGCACCUCACGACUCCUCUGACCUCGCCACAGCAUGGCGGGGAGGGAGAAGAGGUAAACGACACCAGUGAGGUUAGCGCAAGCUGCACAGCAGUAUGUGGUACAGGACAAGUCGGACGGUCAUGCUCCAAGAUAUGCCUGGCAAGAGUGUACCAGAAAGACCACCCAGAGGAAGCCAUCAAGGCCUACGUCGUGUUAGACGACCAAAGCAACCGAUCGUUGGCCAAGUCCAGUUUCUUUGACAAGUUUGACAUCCACACUAAGCCAUAUCCUUACCAACUGAAAACAUGUUCUGGUAUAGUAGACACUUUCGGCAGAAGGGCAUCAGAUUUUAUCGUGGAGUCCCUCAAUGGAAAAGUUAGGAUUCCCUUACCACCACUCACUGAGUGUAAUGACUUACCUGAUAAUCGGUCUGAAAUUCCCACACCAAAUGCCGCUCUGCAUCAGCCUCACCUGUCAAAGGUAGCAGAACACAUCCCAAAGCUGGACCCCACUGCUGAAAUCCUCCUGCUGCUAGGGAGAGACGCAAUCAGAGCACACAAAGUAAGGGAACAAAUAAAUGGCCCCGCCAAUGCACCCUUCGCACAACGCCUUGACUUAGGCUGGGUGCUGGUCGGAGAAGUCUGUCUAGGGAGCACACACAAGCCGAACGUCAGUUCCUUCCGGACGGCCAUGGUCGACUGUCAUCGGCCCUCACUCUUCCAGCCAUGCACAAGCCUUUUGCACAUUAAAGAGGAACUUCACGACAGACUGCCAGGAAACAGUGCCUUACCACCCAGAGCUAAGGAACACAGUCUGGGUCAAAAUGUGUUUGACUGCACGGAACAGGACAAUAAGCUAGCACCUUCAAUCGAAGAUGAAACUUUCCUCAAAAUGAUGGACAAAGACGUCUACAGAAACGAUUCACACAGCUGGGUUGCUCCAUUGCCGUUCAGACUACCUAGGCAACAGCUUCCCAACAACCGCGAGCAAGCACUCAAGCGGUUUGGCUCACUCCAACGCCAAUUCAAAAGAAAGCCAGAAAUGCAACAGCAAUACGUGGAAUUUAUGGGUAAACUGCUGAAAAACAACCAUGCUGAGGUGGCACCAGAGCUAAGAGAAGAAGAGUGCUGGUAUUUACCAAGCUUUGCCGUGUAUCACCCACAGAAACCCGAUCAAAUCAGGGUAGUGUUUGAUUCAAGUGCCCAACAGUCUGGGAUCUCCUUGAAUAACGUGCUCUUGACUGGACCGGAUCUGAACAACACCCUUCUAGGAGUGCUCAUGCGGUUCCGAAAGGACAAGGUCGCUGUGAUGGCAGACAUUCAACAAAUGUUUUACUGCUUCCUUGUGGACGAAAAGCACAGAAACUACCUGCGAUUCUUAUGGUUCAAGGACAACAACGUAGCCAACGAGGUCAUUGACUACAGAAUGAAAGUUCAUGUUUUCGGGAACAGCCCAUCUCCUGCAGUGUCGAUCUAUGGGCUCAGAAGAGCCAUCAGAGAUGGCGCAGAAAAAUAUGGAACAGACACAGUCAACUUCGUCGAACGGCACUUUUAUGUUGAUGACGGCCUCUGUUCUGUCCCAACUGAUGCAGAGGCUAUUGGGCUGCUUCAUAGGACUCAAGCCUCACUUGCUGAGUCUAACUUGAGGCUCCACAAAUUUGUCUCAAACAGUCAGGCUGUCUUGGAAGCCUUCCCAAGUGAGGACUGCGUACAAGCCAAAAGGGAUGUAGACCUCAGUGGAGAUGAGUCACCCACCCAACGCAGCUUGGGGCUCCUGUGGGAAAUAGCAAGUGACACAUUCACCUUCUCUGUGUCAACCGACACCAAACCAUUCACCCUGUCGAGGGGUUCUUUCAAUGGUGAACAGUGUCUUCGACCCUUUAGGGUUUCUGGCUCCAGUUACGAUCCAAGGCAGGGGCCUUCUCAGAGAGUUGAAUUCUGA